AUGGGAGCCUCAGAGUCAAAGCUUGUUUUCAAGCAGGGAAUCUUUCGAUUAUCAGAGGAGAAAGAGAUCCCCGCAGGCGAUCCAUACUGGACACGAUUUUGGGAACUGCCUGAGUCCACCGAGGACGUGUUUGGAUUGUUCACGCCGGCCGAUAUCCGCCGCACUCGCGACCAUGCUUUCCCCAAUUUCGAAACCCUCCUCCUAUCAGUAUCGUCGCGCUUGAUCGUUUUGAAGAAUCACCCUUCGUUUCCGGAUCCUGACCUUGCCCCGGAGCGCGAUGCGCUCAACUGCAUACGAAUACUGACUCGCCUCUUGCCGUUCGUUCACGAAGCAGAGCAUUUGGAACAAUGGGAAGAGAAGUUCUUUUGGGCAACGCGAAGGAAGAGGACCAGGCAGGCACAGAUUGCAGGUGAGGUUCUCUUCGAUGAGGCUCAGUCUGAGCAGGGGGAUCUUCCCUCCAGGGGCGAGGAGUCCGUGGAUGUCAAGCCUCUUGCGGAGGAGCUGAUCGACACGCUGCUCGACCUUCUUUUCUUCGCGAAUUUCACGAUUCCGGUACUUCCGACGGCCAAGAGCAAAAUCUCUUACUCGAUUUGGCAGAGCGGCGUUGGCUGCAACACGACAAUGGGUUCGAGCAAGGCUCUUGAGAGUAAUCGUUGUGAGAUCUUGCGGCUACUUUUAACAAUGACGGGAAAGGCGAUGUAUCUGCCAUCGAACUCACUUCCUGUCCAAGGUGUAAGAGCUAUGACCUACAUUACAACUUGCCAGGACAAGCAGUCUGUCUUGACGUUGCUAUGUUCUCUACUCAAUACGGCUAUGAAGUACAAUCCGGCUGCGUGGCGAGUGCCCUACGAUCAUGUAGUCUGGAAAGAUCCUCGCCAAAUUCUUGUGAUCUACUGCUUGCAGCUCCUUCUAGUUCUCCUUCUUUACCCAAUUCCAGAGGAUGGCCGCGGAUCUCCACCCAAGAAUUACUAUCGUCAUUAUUAUGGGAGGCUUCACAGACCUCAGGACUUUCAAUUUCUCGUUGAUGGGAUGACGAGGAUUCUAAAUCAACCCAUGCAAGCAACGACCUCAUAUCUUCCUGGCAGUCAAAAAUCAGUCAAAUGGGCGCCGGAAAUGCUUAUACUCUUUUGGGAGACGCUCCAAUGCAACAAGAGAUUCCGAUCUUUCAUCAUCGAUUCAAAUCGGUCGCACGACUUCCUGAUACUGUGUGUAUUCUAUGCGAUCGAAUACAGGGCGGGGCCAUCAAAGCAAGGAGUGGUCCGACUUUGCAUUUUCAUUCUUCAAACGAUGAGUGCGGAGCCAAACUUUGGGAAGAGUCUAAACAUGAAAUUCGAAGCGCAAGAGACAUUACCGCAGUCAAUUCGAUUGAGCAAUUUCCGCGGAAGCUAUGCGGAUUACCUCUUCAUGUCGAUCGAGACCCUCAUGACGACCAGCAAAGGCAACCUCGACACUGUCUAUCCUGCGCUGCUCACCAUACUCACAAACAUCGCCCCUCAUAUCAAGCAUAUUUCACCGAGUGCCUCCUCCAAGGUCAUUCAGCUUUUCUCGGCAAUGUCCGCGCCGAGUUUCUUGUUGGCCAAUGAGACUAAUCACACGCUUCUUGCGUCCCUGCUUGAUUUCAUCAACGCGGUUCUCGAGCACGGUUUCAUCGACAACCCCUAUCUUGUGUACGCAGUUCUCAAGCAUAGACAGAAAUUCGAAGCUGUUCGAGCUUUCACUCUCGAGGGCGGCCAACGAGAGAUCGAGCGCCAGAGGGAGCAGCGCAAAGCCGGAGAGACCUCGAAUGAGACAUUGACUAGUCCCACCCACUCUCACAGCGGCGAUGAGCUCUAUGCGCCUUCGGGUGCGCGGUCUCCGUUGACUCGCAUCCCUGAAGAGCAUGGGGCGUUUGCCAUUGGAGACGACGACUCUGAGGGCGAGGACACUGAAGAUGGGGGCCAAUGCACCCCGGCUCAGUCCUCGCCGUCGGCGCAAACGUCUCGCAGACCCUCUUUUGCCUCUACCACAGAUGGGGCUGGAUCACAAGUCCGGGGUAUUUCCGAGAAGGCACGGGGUAAGAUGCCAGCUGGACGGCCCUCGUUCUCGCGGCAGAACAGCAUAAGCAGUCUAACAAGUGUUUCUGCUUUAUUUUCUCCGCCGUAUGCAGGGUUUAGUCCCACUGUUGCCUGGCUUGAGGCAUGGUUACCGGAUCUCCCUUUGCACACUGUUCUGAGUGUCAUCUCUGCUAUUGAACCCCACAUUCCCGCUGCGGCUCUCCAAGCCACAUCUAAUCCGGAAGCUCGCACUCUGAUCCACAACCUGCCCUCUUUUGCCGAGGAGCCCCAGAUUGCAGCGAUCAUCGCAGACCCUACGCCAGUGCGUGAACAGUCCUUUGAGUGGUCGGCUCUUUCGAUGGGUUGGUAUGAAUCCCUCCUUUGGGGAUUUAUCUUUUCGAGUGAAAUGGUGGUGGGAUCUGCUGCAGGUGGCACUCCAGGAAGUGUUGGUGUAUGGAAUGGAACUGCGAUUCGUCUCUUCCGUGUACAAGAGACAGCCGCUCAAGGACCUACUUUACUCGCACCCAAGGGUGCCGUCGAUGCCGUCGGCAGUAAUCUUGUUCAGCGCAUUGGCAACCUAAGCCUUCGGGGUCGCAAUGCAAUCUCUCAGGAUACGCCAAGUGCCGCUCCCUCCAGGUCCAGAGAAGUCUAG